UUGGAAAGGACCGAUAUCAAGAACUAUAGCAGCUGGCUUACUUUCUUCUACCCUCUCUCUCUCUCUCUCUCUCUCUCUCUCUCUCUCUUAUGUGCUUCAAAUUCCUCUGCACACAAAACACACACAGUUUCUAUAAAAUAUUCAGAAAUCAAUAAACAUCGUUACUGAUUCUGAUCUCAAUUUGUGCUGUUAAAGUCUCAACAAUGUAUUAGGGUUUCAAUUUGGGGAAAACUCUGCUUCCUUUUUGACUUCAAGCCGUAUAGAAGAAUCGUAAUUGUUGAAUUCGGUCAUCGGAAGUCAAAGUCAAACUCCGGUUUCUGGAAAAAAGUCAAAAUGAGCGCAUCUCGGUUUAUAAAGUGCGUGACAGUCGGCGAUGGAGCAGUUGGGAAGACGUGUAUGCUUAUCUCUUACACCAGUAACACUUUCCCCACUGAUUACGUGCCAACGGUUUUCGACAAUUUUAGUGCAAAUGUGGUGGUAGAUGGGAGCACAGUUAAUCUUGGGUUGUGGGAUACUGCAGGACAAGAAGAUUACAAUAGACUGAGACCAUUGAGCUAUCGUGGUGCUGAUGUCUUCAUACUUGCUUUUUCUCUCAUUAGCAAGGCCAGCUAUGAGAACGUAUCAAAAAAGUGGAUUCCCGAAUUGAGGCACUACGCGCCCGGCGUUCCAAUCAUCCUUGUUGGAACAAAGCUCGAUCUUCGGGAUGAUAAACAAUUCUUAACAGACCAUCCUGGUGCAGUUCCAAUCACAACGGCUCAGGGAGAGGAGCUGAAGAAGCUAAUUGGCGCCCCUGCGUAUAUAGAGUGUAGUUCGAAAACACAGCAGAACGUGAAGGCUGUUUUUGAUGCAGCCAUUAAAGUGGUUCUGCAGCCACCGAAGCAAAAGAAGAAAAAGAAGCGUGAGGGUCAAAGAGCGUGCUCGAUUCUGUAACAAGAUUUUAGUCAGUGAACCGAAAAUGGGCAGAAAGUUGACUUUUCAUUGCUGAUUGGUUAAGUACUGAUUACCCUUUAUAUUGUUUCUGAUGAUUCGCUUAGUUUCGUUGUGUCUGGAAGCAGGAUGUGCUGUGUAAGUUGAUAUAUGUAAUUCUUUAACACCGAAUAGUUGAGACUUUGGAACAAUUUGGCUAAUAUGUAAUAUAAAAACUUAUGUAGAUUGUUGAAAGAUAUUUGAUUUCACAUGGGAUUAAAAAAAUUGUCUACUUGUUAAUACCAAGAGGCUCAUUUUAA